CUAUGUACAUAUACUGUAACAUAUAAAUAAAAUUAUUUUCCUUUGCAGAAAUUUCUAUAUAUAAUCAUCCCAUCUCUCUCACAACUCACAACAACAUUGAAACCCCUUUCCUCUCCCUAAACCACACUUUCAUUUUUUUUGUGGGUCCUUUUUUUUUUCUUUCUCCAGGCCAUUGAAAAAAGGCAGAGAAAAUGGAGAUUUUCGGAAAAGUGAUAAUGUCAUUGAGUCUUAUGAUGAUGUUGAUGUGGAAGAGUGUGGAUGGUUACAGUAGUGGUUGGGUCAAUGCUCGAGCUACAUUCUAUGGAGGUGCUGAUGCUUCUGGCACCAUGGGCGGCGCGUGUGGUUACGGGAACUUAUACAGUCAAGGCUACGGAACGAACACGGCGGCUCUUAGCACGGCUCUAUUCAACGGCGGCCAAAGCUGCGGUGCUUGUUUUCAGAUAAAAUGCGUAAACGACCCAAAAUGGUGUCUCCGAGGAACAAUCACCGUCACCGGAACAAACUUUUGUCCACCCAACUUUGCUCAAGCCAACAACGCCGGAGGUUGGUGUAAUCCUCCUCAACAUCACUUCGAUUUGGCUCAGCCCAUCUUCCUCCGCAUCGCUCAAUACAAAGCCGGCGUCGUCCCCGUCCAAUACAGGAGAGUGGCUUGCCGGAGAAAAGGAGGAAUAAGAUUCACGAUCAACGGUCACUCAUACUUCAACCUCGUACUCAUAACCAACGUCGCCGGCGCCGGAGAUGUUGUCUCCGUCUCCAUUAAAGGAACCAGAACAGGUUGGCAAAGUAUGUCAAGAAACUGGGGACAGAAUUGGCAAAGCAACGCAAAUCUUGAUGGUCAAGCUUUGUCCUUUAAAGUAACAACUAGUGAUGGCCGUACAGUUGUCUCUAACAAUGCUACUCCACGUAACUGGAGCUUCGGACAGACUUAUACAGGAAAACAGUUCGGGGCUCAGAGCUACGAUCCUCCUGAAAACAGCUCCGGUGCAGCUUCACCCUUGUCUUCCAACUACAUUUUUAGUUCAAGUUUUGCCAUAAAACUUCUCGCUUCAACAUUAGCCUCCUUGUUGAUUAUGUGUUUCAAUCAAAGCAUUUUUUGUUAAUUCACCUUUGAUGUAAUUUUACUAUAUAUUCCUUA